AUGAGGGAUCGACCGAGGCAGUACCACGGCGCCCAUUCCCACCACCACCGAGACCACUUUCACAUGCAAGCUAUGCCUCUGGAGGAGGUCCAGGGACUCCUGCCACCAUCUUCCAAAGCAGGUAACCGCGGCUCCCUUAACGUAACCAUCACCCAGAUUGGCGACAGGGCCGGCGGCAAUGUGACGGCCAAGAGCGACCUGUUUCACCUGGAGCCAGGAUCCGACGUCAGGCCGACCCCGUCGCCGCUCUCCGACACGACCACGCUCCAGUCGGACAACGUCGACGGCUUCGCCGGAAUCGAUCCGAGGCUGCAGCUGGGAAGUGUGAGCGGCAACCGAAACACAUGGGAAGGCCGGUAUCGCGUGAAAGAGCAUCGACGCGCUGGGAAGGCAACUUUCCAGGGCCAAGUAUAUAACUUCCUAGAACGUCCCACGGGAUGGAAAUGCUUCCUGUACCACUUCUCGGUGUUCAUGGUGGUAUUGGUGUGCCUUAUAUUUAGCGUAUUAUCAACGAUAGAUGAGUACAGUGACUUUGCGAAUGAAACUUUGUUUUGGAUGGAAAUAUGUUUAGUUGUAUUUUUUGGCGUUGAGUAUUUGGUGCGAUUAUGGAGUGCAGGAUGUCGGUCCAAAUACAUGGGUUGUUGCGGUAGAAUGCGAUUUAUUCGCAAACCAAUAUGUAUAAUAGAUUUAAUCGUCGUGGUGGCGUCAAUGGUUGUUCUGUCAGUGGGCAGCAAUGGACAGGUUUUCGCCACUUCCGCCAUUCGUGGCAUCAGAUUUCUGCAAAUAUUACGAAUGCUUCAUGUAGAUCGCCAAGGAGGCACCUGGCGACUUCUUGGAUCUGUAGUUUUUAUUCAUCGUCAGGAAUUAAUAACCACAUUGUACAUAGGAUUUCUUGGUCUCAUAUUUAGUAGCUACUUUGUAUAUUUGGCUGAAAAGGACGUCGUCGGACCGCAGGGCAGGACUGACUUUGCUAGUUAUGCUGACGCUUUGUGGUGGGGCGUGAUAACCGUCACGACAAUUGGAUACGGUGACGCGGUCCCUCAGACCUGGAUGGGAAAAAUCGUCGCUUCCUGCUUCAGUGUCUUUGCUAUAUCUUUCUUUGCACUUCCAGCCGGAAUUCUGGGCUCCGGUUUCGCGCUGAAGGUACAGCAGAAGCAGCGCCAGAAGCACUUUAAUCGUCAGAUCCCCGCGGCCGCGAUGCUGAUCCAGUGUCUGUGGAGGUGUCACGCGGCCGAGAAGUCGACCAACAGCGUCGCUACGUGGAACAUUUACGUAAAGGACACUGCACCCACGGGACAGCCUGCGACGCCCCUUGGAAAGUCUCUCAUCAUCCAGGUGGCAAAAAAGGCGAGCGUCUUAAAGCGUCGGAAGUCGCGAAACCGCAUGGACGUCCAGCAAAUCGAGCAGGAUCCACAGCAGCAGCAGCAGCAACAACAACAACAACAACAAGCGCAGCAACAACAACAACAGCAACAGCAGACAAGCGCAGCAGCCAUGGGAACGCAGAGCUCGCAGACGGACUCGCGCCUCGACAACGACGGUGACAUCAUCUUCUACAUGGAAGAGCCCAAGGCUUGCACCCCCAACAGGGUCAGGAGGGAAAACCGGGGCAGCCUCUUCACCUCGCAGACGAGCUCCGUGACGGAGGCGGCCAGCGACGAGAUCGACAUCGACAUCGACGAGCCCCAACGAGUCACCACAUUAACGGAGACACACCGGAAUGCGAUACGAGCCAUUCGUAAGAUCAAAUACUUCGUUGCACGUCGCAAGUUUCAACAGGCACGCAAACCCUAUGAUGUACGCGAUGUCAUUGAACAGUACAGCCAAGGUCAUCUCAAUAUGAUGGUGCGGAUUAAGGAGCUGCAGAGGCGCCUCGAUCAAACUUUGGGUAAGCCGGGUAGCUACCUUGCAGGGAUCGAUCGGGCUGGUAAUAUCAAGCCAAUGACAAUUGGCGCACGCCUCUACAGAGUCGAGCAGCAGUUGUCGAUAAUGGAGAAGAAAUUAGACCAGCUCAUGUAUGUGCUGAAUGCAGUUGCACACAAGCAGCAAAUUCCCCUUCGUAGUAUCGAGGAUGAAGUUUAAUAGAGUGAGGUUUAAAAUACGAACGAUCUAAAGUCAACUGAAAUCCACUCGAUUGCUACUACGUUAUGCUCGAUACGAGAUCGCGUACAGUAAAAAAUAAAAAAAGAAGAAAAAGGAUAGAAAGUAACCAUCAUCCUUUCACAUAAAAAGCACCAUCUACCGGAAAAUGUAUCGGUAUGCUUUUGAACGAGGCGAAGGUUGGAAAAAGUCAAAUAAAAUGUAGAAA